CGCUGCCGCCGAGACGGUCGGUGGUCGGAGGAGCCGACUGCGUGGUGGUGGUGACAGCACACAGCAUCAUCACCACCGAGCACCGAGCUAUGUGCACUAGGGAUGUGCUUCACAUCAUUCCCCGUCCCAUACAGCUGCCGCCGCCGAGUGAGUUGGGUACACUCCAGAUCCGCACCCUCUCCCUCUCCCCCGGCAAAACCGCGUCGGCCAGCCCAAACAGCCGGCCAUGCACCAGGCAUCACUCUGUGCGGUUAGCGCCGAGAAACGGCUACCCAAUGACAUCACAUCUCGCCCGUCCCGUCGGACGCCGGAAGUGAUCUACAGCGAUAUUCGCAAAUCUUCACAACGGACAAACACACAGAUACCGGCACGAUGAGUACUCCGCGACUACUCCUACGGUCGCUCCUGCGGCCACGCACACCCGCAUGCCUUGCUUCGCCGGCUGCAUUCCGCUUCUCGUCCGCGAACACCAAUAGCAACAAUAACACCAAUAACACCACCCCUACCACCGCCGCAAAGAUCCCACCAGCACCAGCACCACCGGCGCAACCCGCCGACCUUGAGCAAUUCGAGAAAAAGCGGGCCGCGCGCUCCACAACGACGAAGUCGUCACUCCGUCGAGCAGCGGUAGUUUCCGAGCGGCGACGAGCGACGCCGCCAUCGACGCUGGGGCAGAAGCCGAAGGUGUGCACUGCAUACUGCACGGCAGAGAAGUACCACAUCCACCGGGCGGCGGUGCUGCUGCGCGGCGCGGGGUACACGAUCGAUCCGUGCAACACGGGGCUGGCCGAUCAGGUUAUACAUCUGCGGCUGGAUGGCGAGGGCGAGGGCGACGGCGUGGGCGGGGAAAAGGGAGGGGACAAGGGCGAUAUAUUCAUCUUCCCAAGCGGGAAUAUUGUCGGCUGGAGCGUGCACUCGGCCACUGUCGAGAAGCUGGCACGGCUCGUUACGGACGCCGCGGAGCUGCCCGUCACCAGGGAUGUCGAGACCGAGGACCUGGAGUAUGCGGACGACGCCCGCGUGCGGAAGUCGCGGGUGGCAGGCGACGUGAUCGUGCUCGGCACGGCGCCAUCGUUUAACAACCACGUGAUGUCGGAAGACUCCGCGAUGGAGGAGGACUCCGCCAGGACUACGGAGGACGACGAACUGAACCUGACGCUGGCCAAGAUCGCGUUCUCGUCGGGCCUGGCGCGGUCCACGAAGCUGGCGGUGCUCGAGAGCCUGCUGGACCGCUAUCUGCAGACUACGGCAACGAUUCCCACGCAGCUGUCGAGCAGCGGGAGCUGGCAGUGGAAGCGUGGGUUCACCCGUUCGUUCGUGCUACGGAAGACCGGCGAGCUGCUGCAGUUCCGCGCUCAGCUGAAUCUCUACUCGGAGCUUACCGACUCCCUGCCGGACCUGUUUUGGGACUCGAGACAUGAGCUGGGCCUGGAGGGGUACUACGAGGCUGUGGGUAGGGCGCUCGAUGUCGAUGUCAGGAUUAGGCAGUUGAACGAGAAGCUGGAUUAUGCUUCUGGCAUCGUCCAGGUGCUCAGGGAACAGCUGAGCGAGAAGCAUUCGCUCGGAUUGGAGUGGAUGAUCAUCGCCCUGAUUGCGGUAGAGGUUGGGUUCGAGCUCGUCAGGAUUUAUGCGGAUAGAACGAAGGAGGGGAGCGAAGCCGUGGCGUAUAAGAGGUGGAAGGAGGACAGGGCGAGGGAGCAGGACAAGGAGUGGCAGGAAUGGAAGAAGAGGAAUAGGGAGGAGUGAUUGGUUCACAUAUACUUCUGCGUAAAAGGCCUGGGUUUUCAUAGGAUUGUGCACUAUAUCUGUAUCCGCAUUGUAUUUGUAGACUGGGGGUGCCAACAACUUCACAACCGCUCAUCCUGUACCAAUGGAGAAUGCGAAGGAAUCAUGAAAAAACAAAUUAAACGACCAUCAAUGGUAACGAAACGAAACGCCAGAUACACCAACUCCCAAAUAGCCUCCGCAUCUCCUCACACGAUCACAUCUAGCGCCUAGUCCUCU